AUGGGAAGAUGGAGAUGGAUGUUGAGGGAGUUUCUCCGCGCCCGGAGCCCAUCCCCCGCUCCCAGGGGGCUGGCGGAGCUUGCCCGGCGCCACCACCGCCGCCCCAGCCCCAGCCCCAGCCGCAGCAGCAGCAGCAGCAGCAGCACCACCACCACCAGCAGCAGCUGGCUCAGGAUGAACUGGCCGGCGAGUGUGCAGGCGCUGAGGACAGCGACGAUCCCGAGGCGAGACCCAACGGCGAGAGAGGCGAGAGCAAGAGAACCUCAGCCAGCAAGGCCUCCGGUGCCUCCUACAGCAGAUGGUCCAGUUCACAGCCACAUCAGUCUAGCUCGUCAGUGAGAGCCUACCAAACAAGUAAAUCACGAGUGACCAUGAGCCCUGGCUUCAGUUCCCAGUGGAACAGCACUCAACCAGCCUGGAAUACAUACUCCUUUCCAAGAGCAAGCUUGCACUACCAGUCCCAUGCCAGCUACACAUACUGUACUGGACACCCUGCUUCCUAUGCACCAGCUCCCCACCCCAUGGCUCCUCCCAGCCCCAGCACAAACAGUAGCAGCAACAACAGCAGCAACAACAGCAGUGGAGAACAGUUGAGUAAAACCAACCUGUAUAUUCGAGGCCUUCCGCCAGGCACCACUGACCAGGACCUCAUCAAGCUGUGCCAACCGUAUGGAAAAAUUGUGUCCACAAAGGCAAUUCUUGACAAAAACACGAAUCAGUGCAAAGGUUAUGGUUUUGUAGAUUUUGACAGUCCCGCCGCUGCACAGAAGGCAGUUGCAUCUCUCAAGGCAAAUGGAGUGCAGGCACAGAUGGCCAAGCAACAAGAGCAAGAUCCAACAAACCUAUACAUCUCAAACCUCCCCAUUUCUAUGGAUGAGCAGGAACUGGAGAAUAUGCUGAAACCCUUCGGACACGUCAUCUCUACAAGGAUACUAAGGGAUGCCAAUGGAGUCAGCCGGGGUGUUGGUUUUGCCAGAAUGGAGUCUACUGAAAAGUGUGAAGUGGUAAUUCAACAUUUUAAUGGGAAAUAUCUGAAAACACCACCAGGCAUCCCAGCCCCCAGUGAGCCUUUACUGUGCAAAUUCGCCGAUGGAGGGCAAAAGAAGCGUCAGAAUCAAAGCAAAUACACCCAGAACGGGAGGCCUUGGCCCCGGGAAGGAGAAGCUGGCAUGGCUUUGACCUAUGACCCCACAGCUGCCAUACAGAAUGGAUUUUAUUCUUCACCGUACAGUAUUGCAACCAACCGCAUGAUUCCACAGACAUCUAUCACGCCAUUCAUUGCUGCUUCCCCUGUCUCCACAUACCAGGUCCAGAGUACUUCAUGGAUGCCUCAUCCGCCAUACGUUAUGCAACCAACAGGUGCUGUGAUUACACCAACAAUGGACCAUCCUAUGUCAAUGCAGCCCACGAACAUGAUGGGUCCCCUGACGCAGCAGAUGAAUCACCUUUCAUUGGGCACAACAGGAACGAUUCAAUCCCAAGACAGGAUUAUGAUACUCCACCAGCUGUUGUGUCAGUAUAUGGCUGCUGCUGCUCCUAUGCAAGGGACCUACAUUCCCCAGUACACGCCUGUGCCUCCGACAGCUGUUUCUAUCGAAGGUGUUGUUGCUGAUACCUCUCCCCAGACAGUGGCGCCUUCAUCCCAGGAUACCAGUGGUCAGCAGCAACAGAUACCAGUGGACACAUCCAAUGAACACGCACCUGCAUACUCAUACCAACAGUCUAAGUAA